AUGGCGCCACAAGAUUCAUUCAUAGAAGAUGAGGAGGACACCUGUGGAAAGUUGUUACGCAAGAGGAGUAUGAUGAACCCCUUGCCACCAUGGUGCUAUGCUGACCAACUCCUAAGGGUCGCCGAGUUUCGGGCCAAUAUUCAAAAGAACCAAAAGAAGCGAGCUCUGGAUCAACGACAAAAAGAACUACAGAAACGCGAAGCCGAAAAGGAAAACCGUAAAAAUCUGAUCGGCGUUCGUGUUGUCCAAAAGAACUUGGUCUAUAUCACGGGUCUUGCACCCACAGUUCGAGAGGACGAACUUCUCAAGACGCUACGAAAGCCCGAGUUCUUCGGUCAGUACGGAAACAUCCAAAAGAUAUCCAUCAGUAACCGAAAGAGCUCUGAUGGCCAACACCAAUCGCUUGGCAUUUACGUGACCUUCGAACGUCCGGAAGAAGCGACGCGGUGCAUCCAAGCUGUGCACGGAUCUCACAACGGUGAUCGAGUCCUAAAGGCGCAACACGGCACGACGAAAUACUGUUCAGCUUGGUUAAAGAACGAAAAAUGCGGCAAUCCUGGUUGCAUGUUCUUGCAUGAACAAGGCGAUGAGGAGGACAGUUACUCACGACAGGACCUGUCCUCUAUGAACAGUAUAGGGUCUCAACGGCCUCUCCCCGGAGGCAGUUCGCGGUCGGCUUCCCGUCAACAGAUUUCCCAUCCUACGCCGCCUCCCGUCGUAUCCCAUCCGAUGACGCGCUCCAUUAGUAAAGAGGGUUCUGAGAAUGGUGCCGAUGGAUCAGCUUUACCUUCCUCGGCCAACUGGGCACGCAACCCACAGCGAAGUCGCAGAGGCAGCCUUGCUACUAGUGGUGCUGCUUCGAGCCCUGCUAUUUCAACAGCCCAGCCCGUCACCGCAGAGCCUGUGCCAGAAGAAGCGGUCGAAGAGGAAGAUGAGGAUGAGUUGGAGGAAGAGGAACAUCAGCAGCCGGAGCCAGUUGCUGGACCAUCAUCAUCAAGGAGCCGGGAGCCUGAAUCACCCGCGCCAACUCAAGAGUCGCCUGAUACAUGGCUUAAGGAGAUCUUCAAGACACUGCAAAGCUGUCCUAUGCCUAUCUUUCCUGAUUUUGAUGAAGACCAAUAUCCACCUAUGUUUGAUCCUCGCGGUGGUGAGAAGCGCCGGGCUAUGCGAGAGGAGGAGGAUUCACGUUUGACCGGAGAACAGGAAGAGCAACCUGAGGUUCGUGAGCCAUCGGAAGGAGAACCUGAGACCGGUGGCAGCCUUGCUCUUGGAGGAGAGCCUGAAGACCGUGAUACUUCUAGCGACAACCGAGGCUUCGAUCGCCGACCUAGUACGCAGCCUCCUAUUCAGCGACUUUCUACUGACGGGCUCUUUGGACCUUCUCUCACCGGAGCUUCACCCUUUGGCCAGAGCUCGGGGAACCCUGGCUCGCGGUCUAUGACACCGCAGCAGUUGUAUCUUCGAUCUCAGGGCGGAUUUGGCGAUGCCCCUCCUGGCAUAACCGGCCAAAGCAAUGCUUUCCAGAACCAGGGUCAAAGCCAAGGUCAAGGCCACAACCGUCAAUCCUCUCGAUUUAGCUUUGCCAACGACAACGCGAGCUCUUCUACCAACGUUAAGGUCGCAGCCAACCCGCGUAUCAUGGCCCAGCAAUCCUCUAUGAUGCCCAACACGUUUCCAUCGCAGAGCAGCAACCAGUUUUACGGUGCCUCCAUGCCUGGACCUCCUCCUGGUCUUAAGUCAACCGGCACUCCCCCUAGCAUGUUCGGUCAGUUUGGUGGACAGGGCUUUGGCGCCCCCAAGGACAAUUCGAGUGAGCUUCUUCAGAGUUUAAUCGGCCGCGGUCGGGCUGGUAACAACCAGUCCCACGACGCGGGAAAGCCUCCUUCUUCCGGGCUCCUGCCGCCUCUCUAUGGUAAUACACCUGGAGGGUACCAAGACAUGGGCUCUAAGCAGAAGAAGAAGGGAAAGAAGCACAGACAUGCUAACACUUCCUCCUCCGGGGGGAGUGGCUUAGUAGAUCUUGCAGACCCGAGUAUCUUGCAGGCGCGAAUGCAGCACCAGUCUCAAGGCAGCGCCGGAGUCGGACAGGGCUUGUUUGGCGGUCAGAGUCAAGAUGAUGAGCUCCCAUCCCUGGACGAGGCUACGAAUUCUGUCGACGCUCUAGUUUCUGACGACCCUAUACUGCCACCAACUGGUCUGGAAGGUCGCACAUCUGUGCCUCCAGGCUUAUCGUUACCCCCAGGACUACCAACCAACAUAUCGAGACCUCCUUCUACUCAAGGUCAUGCAAAACUCACCAGCAUUGUGCCAGCGUUGCCUAGAAUGCCACCCCCUGGACUCUCACAAGGUUCUCUAACGCCUGACCAGUCGCCUGCAAAGCUAAAUCCAGCGACACCUGUUUCGGAAGCAAAGAAAAAUAUCAAGUCUGUGGCGGCCGAAAGCGGACUCUCGCGAGAAAUCACGACACAAUCGCAACCGAAGCUUACAAAGGCAAGUUUUUUACAGGACGAGGACUUUCCGGCUUUGGAUGCAUCGAAGAACAAGAGUCGACCCGCAACGCCUACACCCAAGCCUACGCCAAAGGCCAAACGCCAUGCUGAGAGGAUUGUGGAUAGAAUGAUGGCGAAGGCUGGAGCCAGCCUAGAGAGCACAGCCCAGGAAACCAAAGCGGAGGAGGCCAAGGUUCAAGAGACCAAGACUCAAGAAGUCAAGGCAAAGGAGAAGACCACGGCCCAGGAAGCGAAACCUGCAACAUCGUCCCAGGCAGCAGACAAGAAGCCCAUUGCUGUCAACACUCAGGUUGGAAAGAAUGUGGCUGUGAAGGCCAGUGAACUAUCUGCAACUACUGAGAAGUCAACAACAGAGACCUCCGCUGCCUUUCCUCCCUUGCCUACACCCUCGUCUACCGCAAUUGCAUCCCCUGUCACACGCACAGCACCAAAGACGCUGCGUGUCAUUGCAACUCCCAAGGCUGAGGCACCCCCUCCUGCCUCUCCUGCCUUGACCAUGGCAUCGGUUGCGUUGUCAGGCACUUCCAGAGCCGUUUCUGGGAGUUACAGGCCAGAUACACCUGCGAGCGAGAUGAUUAGUGACAACGCCUCGGUGGUGUCUGCCUCUGUGACCCAUUCUCGGGCAAGCUCGCCACCCCCUAGUAGAAUUGGGUCUGCUGCGGUAAGAGCCACAACCAAGAGUCAACAGCGAAAGCAACGAAAAGAUGUUUUGAAGCAAGAAACAAAGUUGAUCGCUGAGGCUCCCAUUGCAGAGGCAGAGGUGCAUGCUCCUAUCAUGGGACGCAAGAAGAAACAGAAGAAGGAAAAGCCUGUCAAGGCGACCCAACCAGAUGCUUCUACUAUCCCUGAGACUCCCGCAGACGAGCCAUCCCAGCCACCAUCUCAACAGGAGCCCGUCAAGGAGUCCGAAAGAGAGGCAGAAGAGAAGCCUGCCAAGAGCAAGACUCCUCAAAAGAAGUCCAUCAAAUCCAAGGGCAAAACAAAGGAGGUAGAGACUCAACCGGCUCCUCCUCCUCCGGCGUCUCCUAAGGAGUCUACCCCUGAUGCUCAGGAGCCACCUGCAAGACCACAGCCUGAUCCGGCCUCAGUCUUUUCUGAGGUCAAGAACACUCUCUGGGCCUCGAGUGUAGAUAAGCUCCAACUGUUUAAGCCCAUCGCCAACGGCUCAUCUCGCACCGACUACAGUGCUGCUAAGAACAACGCCAACAAGGCUGAGCAUUGUAAGGACUGCUCUUGUAAAUGUGGAGAAAUUCAAGAUGAUGAUCUUGCAGCGCUGCGCGCAGGGAAGCCUGUCCGAAAGCAAUUCCACGUUGAUGGCAGCCGCAUGCUCAUUACCCCCAAUGGUGACUGCAUACGUGGUCUGACCCCUGAGGAAGAGGACGCUUUUCUAGAGCUUCAAGCUGCCAUUGCCAACACGGCAGAGAACCCCGGAUCGUUCAUUGCCCCUAGACAUCAGCCUGGCAGUGGGGCAUUCUCACUUAUCAAGGGCCGAGCUGUUCCCAAUGGACGUCCCAACAUCUUCCCCGCCACUGCCCAGCUCCAGUCUCAAGACCCCAUCGGAAAGCUUCAGCGAGAGGACGCGCUUAGCUACAUCAACCAGUACGUUCUACCUCGCCUCAAUCUAGGUGCUACGAACAUGGGAUUUCCUAAGGGAGCAUCCCCUACCAAGGAUGCGGCUGCUGCGAGCCUUAACUCUCUCGCACCCUACUUCUAUGGUCCCGAUGCUGCUGCCGGUGUGGGUAUCUACAGCCCUCCUGAUGGAGCGCGGGCGAUGCAGGACUUCAGCUCAGCUGGAAUGUCGAGUGAAGAGCGUGGAAAGAACUUCGGCAUGGGUGUUGGUGGAAUGCCCCUGAUGAGCGUGGAAGAUGCAGAGGGUGCCCUUGCGGCUGCUCGACGAGAGACUGAGAAGUUGGAGAAGGGAUUGAACCAGGUAAUCAAGCGCAACAGGCGACUUGUCCUUGGAGGGAACAACUAA